AUGAGGACUGCGCUGGCCCUGGUUCUUUUUCCCCUGAUUGCCCUUUACGGGCGCGGGGACUGCCGCAUGGCCAAUGCAGAGGAGAAGCUCAUGGACUAUCUUCUGAACAAAACCCGCUACAACAACCUGAUCCGCCCAGCCAACAGCUCCUCCCAGCUCAUCUCCAUCAAGCUGCAGCUCUUCCUGGCUCAGCUCAUCAGCGUGAAUGAGCGAGAACAGAUCAUGACCACUAACGUCUGGCUGAGACAGGAAUGGACUGAUUACCGCCUGGCCUGGAACAGCUCCUGCUAUGAGGGUGUGAACAUCCUGAGGAUCCCUGCAGAUCACGUCUGGCUGCCAGACAUCGUGCUGUAUAAUAAUGCCGAUGGGAUCUAUGAGGUGUCUCUUUACACUAACGUGGUAGUCCAGUCCAAUGGCAGCAUCAUGUGGCUACCCCCUGCCAUCUACAAGAGUGCCUGCAAGAUUGAGGUGAAGCACUUCCCCUUUGAUCAGCAGAACUGCACCCUCAAAUUCCGCUCCUGGACCUACGACCACACGGAGAUUGACAUGGUCCUCAAGACACCCACAGCCAGGAUGGAUGACUUUACCCCCAGUGGCGAGUGGGACAUCUUAGCACUCCCAGGGCGAAGGACCGUGAACCCGCAGGACCCCACCUAUGUGGAUGUGACGUAUGACUUCAUCAUCAGACGCAAGCCACUCUUCUACACCAUCAACCUCAUCAUCCCCUGCGUGCUCAUCACCUCGCUGGCCAUCCUCGUCUUCUACCUGCCCUCUGACUGCGGUGAAAAGAUGACCCUGUGCAUCUCGGUGCUCUUGGCCCUCACCGUCUUCCUGCUGCUCAUCUCCAAGAUUGUGCCUCCCACCUCGCUGGAUGUCCCGCUCAUCGGCAAGUACCUCAUGUUCACCAUGGUACUGGUCACCUUCUCCAUCGUCACCAGCGUCUGUGUGCUCAACGUGCACCACCGCUCGCCCAGCACCCACACCAUGGCGCCCUGGGUCAAGCGCUGCUUCCUCCACAAGCUGCCCACCUUCCUCUUCAUGAAGCGCCCCGACAGUAGCCCCGCCAGGGCCCCCCAGCCCACUCAGUUGUGCCUGACCAAGACCGAGACCGCUGCCACCUCCUCCGCCAUGGGCCCUCCCAGCCCCUCCACCUUCUAUGGACACUCCAUGUAUUUUAUGAAUCCUGCCUCUGCUGCUCCCAAGUCUCCAGCGGGCUCCAACUCAGCGGGGAUUCCCAAGGACUUCCGACUGAGGUCUUCUGGGAAGUUCCGGCAGGAUGUUCAGGAGGCCUUGGAAGGGGUUAGCUUCAUUGCCCAGCACAUGAAGAGCGAUGACCAAGACCAGAGUGUCAUUGAGGACUGGAAAUAUGUGGCCAUGGUGGUGGACCGGCUGUUCCUGUGGGUGUUUGUGUUUGUGUGUGUGCUGGGCACUGUGGGGCUCUUCCUGCCCGCCCUCUUCCAGACCCACACUCCAGCUGAAGGGACCUAAGCUGCCCAGAUGGUCCAUAUGCCCGUGGGGCGUCAGGGCGAGAUGAGCCAGCGCUCCCCAGAACCCUCGAGUCCCCGCCCCUCGCAACGCUGGGUGCUGGCGGGGCGGUGCUGUCUCCCCGACGGCUGCGCCCGCUGCAUCGGCUCAGCCCACAUCUUCCAGGAGCUCUAG